AGUAUACUCAAUGUUGUAUCGUUUCAUGCAUUAGCUUAACAAUUUGAAUUUAAGAAAUUUAGGUCAAAAUAAUUUACAGGUGUGUUGUGAUUUUGUUUUGCAUUACACGGCGAUGUUUAUUGUACAUAGCAUUAAGAAUUCACGCUGUGUUUUUAUUUAAGUUUAUCCAAGUUCAACAUUUUUUUUAAAUAUUUGGAUUUCAAAACAAAGACGGAUUAGAGUUCACUUUAAAAGAACACUUUCACCGAGAAUUAUACCUCCUUAUUAUCAACGACCAGAUCUGCCGUCUUAUCUCCUGUAGACUACGUGAGAUUCCGCCCACAGUCACGCACUCCGAUUUCAACGUCCAUCCGUUUAUGCAACGGACAUAGUGAUACAUGUAGCCCUUCUCGUCCGUCCUGCACGCGUUCCUCUUACGAAUGACUAGCCUUUAAGGGAAAAAACUGAACUCUUAAAAAUGGAAUUGUGGUCUCAUGUGUGGACAUUGUGUAUGCUUGGAUGUGUUUCGUGUUUUCUGCAGUCAAAGAGAAUUCAGUUAGCUGGGAAUGGAUACACCGGAGUGACAGUAGCGAUAUCUGAUAAACUGAACCCGACAGAAAUUCACAUCCAUAAACUAAAGGAACUACUCACCACAGCUUCCGCCCAGCUGUACAGGUCUACAAAAUACCACCUCUACUUUAAAGACAUAACAAUUGUGUUACCAAGAUCAUGGCCAAAUAAUUUUACCAAAGAAUUUGUAAGCGGGCCACAACUCGAUACUGCCCAUAUAAUUGUUGAAAAGCCCAACCCACUGGUGGACAACAAGCCCUAUGUGUCCGGCAUGACCGGAUGUGGACAGCCCGGAAGAUACAUACAUUUAGAACCAAUCACAGUACAGGUGCUUCCGGCAGAAGGACUUGCAGACAAGAUACUAGUGCAUCACUGGGGCCAUUUCCGGUGGGGUUUGUUUGACGAACACGGCGACAAGGAGGCACCAGUUCUAACGUUAAAUAGAAACCCCUGGUUUUAUUCUUCCGAGGGAACAUUUAAGCCUAAUAUCUGUGCUGAAGAUAUCAAAGGUGCGAAUUAUCAGGGGUAUUGUCAGAGCGCUAGACAAUGUCUGUUGGACGAGAGCGGACUACCAGAAGAGGGCUGUAAAUUCUGUGUGGAUGAAAGGGCAAACAUUGCAAAAGGAUCCAUCAUGGGAAAACCAGAGAUAUCAAGUGUGGUUGAAUUUUGUGACGAUGAGAAUAGUGAAGUUCCGCACAACCAGGAGGCAAACACUCCCCAUAACAGACUGUGUCGGGGGAAGAGUGCCUGGCAAAUAAUGAGACUUCAUUCUGAUUUUAAAGACACAACACCUGGUUCCCCGACACAGAACACAGUCCCGACAUUCAGAGUGGUACAGCAGCGAAAGAGCCAGAACGUCGUGUUAGUGCUGGACAAAUCCGGAAGUAUGAACAGUUAUGAUAGGAGGAUAAACAAGUUGAAGGAGAUAUCGGCUAACUAUAUAAAAAACUGGUCCCCCAACGCUACGUCAAUCGCAGUGGUUACAUUUAAUGAGACCGCCAGCGUCACGGCACCACUUACUACUGUGAUAUCAGAACAGGACCGACAAGGAUUGGUGACUUUGAUAAACGAAAUCAACGCUAGCGGCGCCACGUCUAUUGGCGCUGGUCUCCGGAAAGCUAUAGAGCUAUUAAAAGAUGGUGGGGAUAACAUCAAGGGAAACGAAAUCAUAUUGGUUUCUGACGGUGCCAAUACAAUACUCCCCGGGAUAGACGAUGUGAGAGAGGAAGUCCUGAGAGAAGGCGUGAUCAUCCAGGCGGUGGCUAUAGGGAGAGAGGCUGAAGAAAGAAUUGACAAAUUAGCAAAAGACAGCGGGGGGUUCAAUUUCUUUUACUCCGGAAAUGACCAGUCUACUGCUCUCGCCGAUAUUUUUCUCGGAAUUGCUACUUCCUCUUCCGAUGAAGGAGAGAAAAUGUAUCAGAUAGAGAGUAAGGCCGUGAAUGUGACUAAGGGAAAGAAUUACACGACAAUGAUAACUAUUGACGAAACGGUAGGCCGGGAUACGACCAUUCUGCUGAUGGGGUCAGGGGUUGAUUUCUCCGCUGCGACUGUUUCAGGACCCGGAAACAGUUUACUUACUACCGGGCCAUGUUCAGAUUCAUGUAGUUUGAAAAUCAAUGGAUUAGCGGAGGUUGGUGAAUAUGUCAUUGAUAUUUCCUCAUCCCUCGACACGGAGAGCAUUUUAACAUUGACAGCGCACUCCUACUCACGAAAUCCUUCCGAGGGAGUUUUUACUGCCUCUGCAUGGACAUCUUCAGACUCAUUUAAUUUUUCGCCAUCUACCCCAAUUGUUCUCUAUGCAUCGGUUCAAAAAGGAAUAUCCCCUAUCCUCGAUGCUGACGUCAAAAUGUUCAUCGAAGAUUCUGAAGGUCACGUGAUGACUGUAGACCUGUUUGAUGAUGGACUGGGUUUGGAUAUAACUGAGGGGGAUGGCCUCUACACGGGUGUGAUUCUGCCUUCUCAAAUAAAAUCGGGCGGGAGACACAGCUUAAAACUUGUAGUUACAGGGAAAAAUGGCGAGACGAAAAUACUAAUUCCAAAGUCGAAAAGAAAGAGACGAGAAAUACAGACCAGUGAUGCAUCAGCAGAUAUAGAAACUGAGACAGUGAGUGCAUUUAAACGAGUAGCGGCGGGAGGAGCGUUUACUAUAAUGAAUUACAAACCAGUAACGGAAGACAGGAUGCCUCCCGCGAGGAUCACAACGCUGCGAUUGGUUAGCUCAGAGAUCAGCUCUUUUAGGAUAAGCUGGGAUGCUGUCGGUGAUGACGUCAAUGUCGGAAAUGCUUCACUCUACAAGAUUUUAAUGUCAACAAACUACUCAACUUUACUGAACUCGCCUGAAACAGUACCACCCCUCACACAGAACAUACCAUUGCCCUCCAAACCCGGAAAUACCGAAGUCUAUUCUUUGAGCUUACCUACAGCUGGUGUAAAUUAUUAUAUAGCAGUUCAUGCUGUUGACGAUGCAGGGAAUCAAGGAGAAGUGUCCAAUAUUGUAUCUAUGUCUGUGGUAAAUGACCAGAGUUGGAAGCGAGGUGAAUAUAAAAGGAUGACGUCAUCGCAGUCGAUUUCUUUACAGGGUCUCAUUUUAUCCGCAUGCGCAGCAGCAGUAUUUGUGUUCAUUGUGAUUUCUUGUGGAUGUUAUGUCUGCAGUAAAACAUUUAAAUCUGGAAGCAGAAAAAAUGACUUCAAUUACCACAGGGAUGAACUUUCAAACAAAAUUUUACAUGGACGUGAUUUCCAACGUGGAUCCAAACUCAACAUGUACCAAUUGCCCUAUUUAUAUUUUGUUAAGGGAAAUCGUGUUCGAGACCCACGAAUAUAUGGCUAUAAAAGCGAUUCAUACCUGUAUUACAUAUCAUAACAAAAAGUGCACUUUCUCAUCCGAUUCGUCAUCUUAUGCAUUUGGUAGUAUACAUUAACUCAUUCCUUUCAUUCAAUUUCAAUUUGAUACAUCUCUUUCAAGUGAUCAAUUUCAAACAAUGACAAAGCUAAUCGCUGUGGAUUUAAAAUUGAUGAAAAUAGCUGUCAACAAAAACAUGCAUUGGGGUUCUUAUUUCCGGUCGCUAUCAAAAGCAAUAAUGGAGAAGGACAAACAGAAAGGAAAGACAGAAAGUGUUCAGUCUAGAACAUCCAUCUCUAAAAUACAAAACGUGUACAGCCAAGAACAUCCAUCUCUGAAAGGAAAAGUGUAAAAGCCUCUAAAUUUCCGGAAUCGAAGCAGGUGCAAUCGGGACAUUAAUGCAUAUCGGAGUUCAAAGUGUUGUUUUACUAAGUCGAUCAAUGAAAUCCUAAGAUUUUUAUUUCAUUACCUAAAUUGUUAUUUUAAUAGAGACAUAUUGAAAUAAAUAUGUUCAGAUAUUAUUUAUGAUUAUGUUUACAGUAUUUCCAAUAUUGAUCUCUGUUACGUCACGUCACAUUGUUGUCUACAUAUUACUUGUUGUAGAGGAUUCGGUCAGUAGUGUGUAUGUGAAAAAUAUGCUUGUAAUUGAGAAAGAAUAUAUAAAUAUUGUAUUUAGAAUUAUGUAUGAAAAGAAUUAUUUUCUAAUUGCGAAAGAAUAUGCCGGGUAUAAAUGUUGUAUUUAGAACUACACAUGAGAAGAAUGUUUUUCUAACUGAUAAAGAAUAUAUAAAUAUUGUAUUUAGUAACCAAGUAUGAAAAGAAUAUUUUUGUAACUGAUAAAGAAUGUAUAAAUAUUGUAUUUAGUAACUAUGUAUGAGAAGAAUAUUUUUCUAAUUGACAAAGAAUAUGUAAAUAUUGCAUUUAGUACUACAUAAUUAUGUAUGCGUGACAAAAAUAUCUUUCUAAUUGAUAAAUGGUAUUUAAAUAUUGUAUUUAGAACUUAGUGGAACACUGAAUUAGUAUAGUAAUAUUGAACUGAAUCUAUUGUCAGGUACCAACACUCAUGCUAUGAUGAAUUCCCUUAAAGCUACCUUUGUUUAAAGGUAGAUUCGAUGAAACUGAACAUAUAUUCAUGUAUUACAGUCUUUUUAUGAUAUGUUUAGUUGUUUUUGAAUAUUGUUACGCAAUUGGUGUGUAUUUCAGAUCAGAGCACAAUGCACUUAGUCCAUUUAAAAAUGAAGAAUACAUUUUCUUGUUUUAUCUCGAAUUGAAUUGUCUUUAUUUUUACAACAUGUAACACAAUAAACAGAAUGUCCAAUUGAGGGAUUGAAAUCACACAACUGAACAAAAUUUCAACCAUCAAAAUCUAACCCUAAAACAGUAAAGUGCACACCUGAAAUUAAGGAUUUCGAUUAAAUGUCAUUACUUUUCUUCAUUUUAAUUUCCAGUCUAAUAAAAUCAUUGGUAAAAAAAACUGUUGAUAGGUUUGUUGAAAUGUUAUACCAAUAGUGUCUUAAAAUUUCAGAAAUGCCAUUAAAUUGGUAAUCUGAUAAACGAAUUAUUGUGCUACUCUUUUAUUUCUCAACAGUUAACGAAGAUUCUAACAUAUCACAGGACUCGUACUCACUUUGUCUACCGGAUAAUUUGUUUAGCCAAGUUUUCUUUGAAUAGUAUUUUGAAAUCUUGACACUUUAUUUCUAGUGGGAUUUCAUUGAACAAAUGCAUGAUACAGAUCGAUGGAAAUGUUAAUGAUAUUAUGUUUGACAAGUUCCUUCAUCCACCAUCCCCCACCACCCC